CCGGGCGAGCUAAUUUCGCGGAAGUCGAGGAGCUGAGUUUCAGAGGCGGUGGGGACUUUUCAAAGGCGGUAACUGUGGCCCAUGACAUCAUUUAUUAUGAGGGAGGAGGCGCAAACAGUUCUUGGCGGAGACCAGACAGCUGGAACUGAAAUCUGAAUCACAGGAUGUGACCGGAUUGCUUCACUCGUCCCAGUCUGGACCUAACAUUUCCUUCCUUUGCGACCGCCCACCCCGCGAGACCCAGAAAUCGCUUCGGAUGGUUCCCAAACGCUGUGGCCGGCCCUGAGAUUUGGACUCCAAAGGAUCGCCGAAGGUGGAGAGACUAGACGAGCAGGAAGCGUGACUGUCUGUAAGCCGGCUUCCUACAGGAUAGAAUUCGCCUCACGGAAACCAACCAAGGCCAACAGGGAGAACUUGCGAUUUAUUUUGAGGAAAAUAAAGCGCACUAAAUUGUAGCAAAUAAAACGUUGCCAGCCCGAGGCUCGGUUGGAACAAGGAAAUACGCUGGAGACUUUGAUGAGGAAGCCGGGGAACGUCUGAGGAACAGUGGGGUCGACGUCUUCCCCUCUAAAGUAAAACACACAGACCCCAGGCGCUCGGGGUGCUGUUUCUUGUGCCCGCCAACUGCUGCCCGCGCCCGGGGGCGGGCGUCCGGGCGGGGCGGCGAGCCGGCCCCGGUGCCCCGGAACUACUGCUGCUGCCGGUGGCUUCCGGGGCGGGGGACGGCCGUGGAGGCAGCCGUGGGAGGGAGGCCAUUUUCCAUCCCGGGUAGGGAGAGGGGCUGCGGCGGAGAGGAAGGCGCGUGACACAGGGCGCAGCGCCUGCCUGCCGGGCUGAGGACGGAAGGAUAGUUUCGGCAGGCGGGAGCGCCGCCGAGUCCGGAGGAGAUGUUUUCCCUGUCGAGCACGGUUCAGCCUCAGGUUACAGUUCCUCUCAGUCAUCUUAUCAGUGCCUUCCAUUCACCAAAACCUGUGUCGGUUUCGGUCAGUACAUCAGUUUCUCAAAGCAAGCAUCGGGAUGUAGUUCCAGAGCAUGAGGUUUCCAGCAGUGAGCCUGCACUUAAUUUAAGGGACCUUGGAUUAUCUGAAUUAAAAAUUGGGCAGAUUGAUCAACUGGUAGAAAAUCUACUUCCUGGAUUUCACAAAGGCAGAAAUGUAUCUUCCCACUGGCAUGCAUCACAUGUUUCUGCACAGUCCUUCUUUGAAAAUAAAUAUGGUCACUUAGAUAUGUUUCAUGCUUUACGUUCCUCUUACUUGUUUCGACAACAUUCAAGAACUCUUCAGAGACUUUGUUCAGAUCUUCAGUACUGGCCAGUUUUUAUACAGUCCCGGGGUUUUAAAACUUUGAAAUCAAGGACACGACGUCUGCAGUCCACCUCUGAAAGAUUAGCUGAAACACAGAAUAUAGCACCAUCAUUUGUGAAGGGGUUUCUUUUACGAGACAGAGGAUCAGAUGUUGAGAGUUUGGACAAACUCAUGAAGACUAAAAACAUACCUGAAGCUCAUCAAGAUGCAUUUAAAACUGGUUUUGCUGAGGGUUUUCUGAAAGCUCAAGCAUUAACACAAAAAACCAAUGAUUCCUUGAGGCGAACUCGUCUAAUUCUCUUUGUUCUGCUGCUAUUUGGCAUUUAUGGACUCUUAAAAAAUCCAUUUUUAUCUGUCCGUUUCCGGACAACUACUGGGCUUGAUUCUGCUGUUGAUCCUGUUCAGAUGAAAAAUGUCACUUUUGAACAUGUUAAAGGAGUGGAGGAAGCUAAACAAGAAUUACAAGAAGUUGUUGAAUUCUUGAAAAAUCCACAGAAAUUUACUGUGCUUGGAGGAAAACUCCCAAAAGGAAUUCUUUUAGUUGGACCACCAGGAACAGGAAAGACACUUCUUGCCCGAGCUGUGGCAGGAGAAGCUGAUGUUCCUUUUUAUUAUGCUUCUGGAUCAGAAUUUGAUGAAAUGUUUGUGGGUGUGGGAGCCAGCCGAAUCAGAAAUCUUUUUAGGGAAGCAAAAGCAAAUGCUCCUUGUGUUAUAUUUAUUGAUGAAUUAGAUUCUGUUGGUGGGAAAAGAAUUGAGUCUCCAAUGCAUCCGUAUUCAAGGCAGACUAUAAAUCAACUGCUUGCUGAAAUGGAUGGUUUUAAGCCCAAUGAGGGAGUAAUUAUUAUAGGAGCUACGAACUUUCCAGAAGCAUUAGAUAAUGCUUUAAUACGUCCUGGCCGCUUUGACAUGCAAGUUACAGUUCCAAGACCAGAUGUAAAAGGUCGAACAGAAAUUUUGAAAUGGUAUCUGAAUAAAAUAAAGUUUGAUAAGUCUGUUGAUCCAGAAAUCAUAGCUCGAGGAACUGUUGGGUUUUCUGGAGCUGAGCUGGAGAACCUUGUGAACCAAGCUGCAUUAAAGGCAGCUGUUGAUGGAAAAGAAAUGGUUACCAUGAAGGAACUAGAGUUUUCCAAAGAUAAAAUUCUAAUGGGCCCCGAACGAAGAAGUGUGGAAAUUGAUAACAAAAACAAAACCAUUACAGCCUAUCAUGAAUCUGGUCAUGCUAUUAUUGCAUAUUACACAAAAGAUGCAAUGCCUAUUAACAAAGCUACCAUCAUGCCACGUGGGCCAACUCUUGGACAUGUGUCCCUGUUGCCUGAGAAUGACAGGUGGAAUGAAACCAGAGCCCAACUACUUGCACAAAUGGAUGUUAGUAUGGGAGGAAGAGUGGCUGAGGAGCUUAUAUUUGGAACUGACCAUAUUACAACAGGUGCUUCUAGUGAUUUUGAUAUUGCAACAAAAAUUGCUAAGCGGAUGGUUACCAAAUUUGGAAUGAGUGAGAAGCUUGGCGUUAUGACUUACAGUGACACAGGGAAACUUAGUCCUGAAACUCAGUCUGCCAUUGAACAAGAAAUACGAAUUCUUCUAAGGGAGUCAUAUGAAAGAGCAAAACACAUCUUGAAAACUCAUGCAAAAGAGCAUAAGAACCUAGCAGAAGCUUUAUUGACCUAUGAGACUUUGGAUGCCAAAGAAAUUCAAAUUGUUCUUGAGGGGAAAAAGUUGGAAGUGAGAUGAUAAUUGUCUUGAUACGGAUGUGUUGCUGGUUUUAUUGCAGGAACAUAAAUAUCAUUGCAGUAGUCUUUUGCAGUGCUUUCUUCCUCAUUCUUGACUUGGUAUAAUUCAAAUGUGUGAAUACUUUGUCAACCUUUUGUCACAUUUACCUACUUUUGCUUAUUUUCAUGAAGACAUCUAUUGGAAAUUAACAACCUACUGCAAAUAUAUUUUAAAAAAUAAAGAACUUUCAGGAUUGCAAACAGCUUGUUUCAAAAAUGUCAAUAAGUUAUUAUGAUGAAAGUAAAUGAUGAUUUUAUGGUUGGUUGUUAUGAAUAAAAAUUGUGCCUUUAGCUCCUGGUAAGUAUGUCACAUUUGCAAGCUAAGAUUACUGAAGAAUUAUCUCUUGGUAGAAAUAUUUCUUUUGGUAAAGAAGUGAUGCUUUUGUAAAUCAUCUACCCUCACUACCUCUUGGUGGUACUGAUUGAAUCCAGACCUUGUGUAUGCUGGGUAAGUGCUGUCACUUAUCUAGCUACAUCUGAGCUCUUUUUAAAUUUUAUUCUGAAACAGAGUCUGCUAAGUUGCUCAGGCUGACCUUCAAUUUGUGACUCUUCUCCCAGUGUCCUAAAUAGCAGGGCUCACAAACACACACCACUAUAUUUGACUGUAAAUCUUGUUUCUCAGUCUAUCAUGGAAAUGUCAGUAAGAUGCAAUUAAUUAUGCUACAUGUUACAUAUAAAAUGUUUCUUAAAGUAUACAGGAGUAGAGAAUUGUAAACACAAAGAUACAAUCUGAAUUUAAAUGAAGAUACAAUCUGAAUUUAAAUGAUUAUAAUCUUUUAAAAGUAUAAUACAUAUUUAAAUUUUUUUUAGAUGACU